ACUGGAAAACUCGAAAUGGAAGAGACGUUGAUGGAGAGUAUAACAGCUAUUGCAACUGAAAAACGCGAAAUGGAAGAGACGUUGAUGGAGAGUAAAACAGCUAUUGCAACUGGAAAACUCGAAAUGGAAGAGACAAUAUUGGAGGGGAAAAUAUCAAUUGAAACUGGAAAACGCGUUAUUGAAGCGACUGCUUCAGAGGCCUUGCAGAGAUUAACAGACGUUUCUUUCCUGUCAAACGUAGUACGGACGAAAGAGGUCACACGUAAGAUAAAGAUAAGUUUAUAUGGCAGAGGAAAAAAAGACAAAAGGAAAACAGAAGUCGAAGAUCUACGUAUAAGGCUUGCCAAGUACUACAAGAAACACCUCAACAGCGCGCCCUUAUCCCCUCUGCUUUCGGACAAGGAUGAGCGACUAGACACGUUUUACGUCCCUCCGAAGAUAUUCGAGGUAGACCACAGAAAAAUUGGUGCAAUUCAGACAGAAGAGAGAACACUUGUAUUUUCUUACAGAGAAUUGUUUUGUAAAAGUGAUGAAUUCAUGAAAAAAGUGUUUAUUGUCGGCAAAGCCGGCAUGGGAAAGUCAUCAUGUGCCGCAAUGUGUGCAAUAAAAUGGGCCAAUCAGUUCUCAUCAACUGAUACAAGGAUCAACAAUGAUGAAAAUACUUCACAUCAAAAGACAGCCCAGAACAACUCUUUUGAAGAUGAUACAUUUUAUAGGAAAAUUGAUUUCUUAUUUCACCUCACUCUAAGAGACAGCUGCAAACUCUGCAACUUGACAGAUAUGAUACAAGAUCAGCUUAUCAACGUAAUUUACCACCAAGAUGAGAGGGCCACUGCGUAUCAAACUAUGCGUACUGUCUUUUCCAACCACAGGUGCGUUAUCAUAGCAGAUGGUCUGGAUGAAUGGUCUCAUCCUAAUGAAACAAACUGCGGCUGGUCACAAGCUGACAAAAUAGUCCCUCAUUUACCACCAACCAUAGAUGCAACUGUGGUGUUUACAUCACGACCCUGCAGAAUGUCACAACAGCGAGUUAAAGACACGACCAUUGACACAUAUUUAGAAAUAGAGGGUACUACAAAUAUAGAGUUACUGAUUCAGAAAACAUUAGACAGUCUUAAUAAAACAGCUACAGAAAAGAAAUGCAUGUUUGAAUUCCUCGGGUAUGUUAACAGAAUGAAACUCGAACGACUGUUAGAGGUGCCUUUUAUAUCAAUGUUCCUUGUCUGUUUAUGGUUUGAAGGAAGUCUUAAAUCAUUUUCUCUGUGUAACAUAUACGCAUACAUUAUUGACAUGAUAUGUGCACGAAAACCUUUUCCUGAGCAAAUAGAACCGCAGAAAUAUAUAUCUUUUCCCCAAUGUUUCCAACACACAGAAUAUGUACAAAGGUACUACAGCACGGUUAUGGAGAUGGCAAAACUUGCUUUUACGACUUUAUUUUCGAACGACCAGACAUCGCCGUUGUUGUUUAGGAAAAUUGAUGGUCUGUCGCAUGUUAAUCUCGUGUUUCUUCUGAAGUCGGGAAUCUUAAAUGAAACAAAAACAGCGUCUUCGAUUAGAAAGUCUUCCAGUUAUUCGUUCAUCGACAAAACUGUUCAGGAAUUCCUUGCUGCGAUAUACAUGUCACACCAUCCAAAAGAAAUUGAUAGAGUUGUAAAACCUUUUUACCUGAAGAGCGGUGAUACGUCGGCAGUCUCACAAGUUUUUAUUUUUCUGUGCGGUCUGAACAUUGAGUCAGCAAAUGAAAUGUCGGCCAUGAUAUCGAAGAGUAUUUUUACCUACAAUGACGGGAUCAUUGUAGAUGUUGAUGAGACUCGAACUCAGUGUACGAUAACCCCUAGUUAUAAGUCCAUGUAUAAUGAUGACUUACAUAAAGCAAAGGUAAAUUUCCUUCAGUCGAUCAUUUGUUCAGGUUAUAAAGAGGCCAAAGAAAGUCAAGUACAGGAUAUUCAGCUUUCAAUGUUUUGCUUAAAUUAUACAAACAAUACAGAUGCCAAAAUAUUUCAUAACUUGCUACGCAUUAACCCUUCCACUGUGCUUGAUGAUAAUAUCGAAUUCGGACAGAGCGAGGACGAGAGUUUAUGCGCAUAUACGGGCAAGUUUGAACAGUUUGACCUUUCUACGUGCAACAAUCUCAAAUACUUAUCACUCUGUGGAUAUGAUAUAUGUGGUGUACCGGUUCAUACUAACAAUUUAGUAACUUUGCAGUUAAGUUUCGUUUCGAAUAGGAUUGAAUGUAGAAUGAUGCAAUUACUUCAGCAUAGAUCGCAAAAUUUGAGACAUUUGAAAUUAGACACCUUUGUAAACGUUGAUUCAUUAUGCAAGACACUUCCACGGCUGGAAUAUUUAGAAACUUUGAUGAUAAGGAAUACAUUCAUCAAUGAUUAUGAUCUGCUUCCAUCAACAUCUGUUGUUAUUGUUAGACUGGAAGAGGUGAUGAUGACCGCGCGGUCACUGGCGAGACUAGUUGAGUGGCAAGCACGCAGCACUCAUAAUGUUAGUUGUAUGCUAGAGUAUUGUAGUGUGGACCCAAAACCAGAGUAUGAAGAAAUUAAACAGUGUGUUCAGAAAAGGAAACAUUGUUACUGUAAUAUUAGUGAAUAUUAUUUCCAUUUCGGUAAAAUAACGCAAAAGUAAUGAUUAAAGUAUGUGUAAUGAACAUUGGUCAAAUGUAUGAACCAGCAAUUAGUAAUCAUGCAUUUUAUACGAAUAAACUAAGCAAACCAACACUACAUAUAGCAAAUAUAAAGUGUUG